UUCAGUGGACCAUAUCCAAAUCGGCGAAAAAAUUUGGUCGGAAACGAAGAAUCCCACCGACUUCCUAUUGAUUCAUCACAUGAUUCACAUCUCAUUUUUAUUUUCAGAUUUCUUACAUAACUUUCUGGUGGUGCGGCCAGGACACGUUCAUAAACAUAGUAUUUAAUGCUCUCAAGUUCCUUAGUUUUCUCGUAUCGUCAUUUUCACCUUUCAACAAUGGCUUCAAUGGCAUCUUCAUGCACUUUCUGCAGCCUCAAGUUUCCCACCAAACGCAACACUACUACUACUUCCUCUCUUCCCUCUAUUCUAUUCUGUCAGAAGCAGCACCAUGACAACCCCACCGACCAAAUCAAUCGAAGAGAACUCAUUUUGAGAAGCAGUGAACUAGCCACCAUUGGUGCCAUCUUCAACUUCAGUGGGAAAAAACCUGAUUAUCUUGGAGUGCAGAAAAACCCACCAGCAUUAGCUCUGUGUCCAGCAACUAAGAACUGUGUAUCAACCUCUGAGAAUAUCAGUGAUCGCACCCAUUAUGCUCCUCCUUGGAACUAUAACCCUGAAGGUAGGAAAAAUCCUGUGACCAGAGAAGAGGCAAUGGAUGAACUGAUAGAUGUGAUAGAAUCAACAACACCAGACAAAUUUACGCCACGAAUAGUUGAAAGGAAAGAAGACUAUAUUCGUGUAGAGUACCAAAGUUCAAUCUUGGGGUUUGUGGAUGAUGUUGAGUUCUGGUUUCCUCCGGGUAAGGGUUCUACCGUGGAGUAUCGAUCUGCAUCUCGGUUGGGAAACUUUGAUUUUGAUGUGAAUAGAAAAAGAAUCAAGGCAUUGAGACAAGAAUUGGAGAAGAGAGGAUGGGCAUCUCAAGACACAAUAUGAGUAAACUCAUGCAGGAAUCACAUGAGCAUUUAAGCAACUAUAACUAAUUGAAUUCAAUUAUAUGCAUCUAUUGUUGCAUAUACUUUGUAACCUUUUAUAAUUUUGUAUUAGACUACAAAUCUCACAGAAUCGUUGAAAGAAAACUUUUCUUUGAUUAUUGGAAUUGUGGAAAUUAUUGAGAAAAAAAAUACUUAAACUCUUUGGGAUGGAAUGAAAUGAAGAUGCUGUCCCAGAUUUUCUUG